UCAGGCGACUCGAGGGGCGGGGUCGCGGGGAGGAGGAGGAGUUCGGCUAACACGAGGCCUGCACCCAUUUGACUCGUAGCGUCUUUUUUAAAACAAAAAUAAAAUAAAAAUAUCUCUUAACCACAACGGUCGAUGUAUAUAUAUGAGACAAAACAAACGCAUGCUUUGUUGUCGUCGUUUGCAUCAGAACUACGACAAUAAUUGCGAAUUAAGCGAUUGCAAAUAAUUCGGUUUGUUUUGUAAAAUAAAACUCGGCGUAGCUUUUUGUUUGCGUUUGAUUUUGUUUUUUUUUAUUUAAAACACCCAUCGUGCCGAUUAUUGUCUCGCUUUAGUUCACUGGAGCUGCCCUCCCGCCGGGACCCUUCCUCGAGCGGUCGAGCCAAGAGGCUCCCACCCACCCCACCCCCUGCCGCCUUCUUGCCGCCGCGUGCGGCUCUCUUGCGUCCACAGUAAAGAUGGGGAGAAAGAAAAACAAGGCCGGGAACUCGGCGCCGACCAACGGCACGGAGUCGUCCGACAAGAGCCAGCCGGACCGCGGCAAAAAGAAGGCCCAGGCCGUGGGUCAGGGCCCGGCCCAGGCCCAGGGCCAGAGCGCGGGGCCUCCGUGUCCAGGCCAGGUCUCUGCUGUGGUGCAGGCCGACUUGCAGAGCAAAGGACCCAAGCAGUACAGCUUUGGGAGCUCUCAGCAGUCGGGGGAGGUGGACAAUUCGGUGCUUAAGAUCUCCCUGCCGCCCGACCUGGAGCGGCGGAUCCUGGAGCUCAUCAACGCACGGCGGAGCGAGCAGCUGGCGCCCGAGGGCAGCGCCUCGCGCCGGCUCACCACCAAGAAGCUGCUGGACGUGUACACGGCGCUGCAAGACACGGGCUUCGAGCGGAGCCACGUGGAGCAGGCCAUGGCGAGCACGGUGACGCGGGGGGGCGACCUCCGCUCGGCCCUCGACUGGCUUUGCCUCAACCUGCCGGACGAGGCGCUGCCCGACGGCUUCAGCCAGCGCCUGGAGGAGGAGGAGGAGAAGACUCGCCCGAGGUUCUCGCCCCCGGCGCCGGCGGCUCAGCCCCCGAGGGAGACGCGCGUGGCGACGCACGUCGCUCACCCGCGCCGGCAGGCAGACGACGGGAGAUCCACGGACGCCUCGGUCAAGGACUGGGUCCUCCGCUACGCGGAAGAGGAGAGCGACGAGGAGAAGGAGGAGGAGGAGGAGGACGACGAUGACGUGGGAGCGUGGGACUCGGACCCGGACGAGCGCUACCUGAGCCUCACGGCGCGUCUCCUGGACGCGAGGGAGCGAGCGGCAGACGCCAAAUCCCGGGGAGACGGCGCCGCAGAGAGACGCGCACGCAGUGAAGAAGCCUCGCUGUCUAGACGGAUGCUUCGGCUGGAAAGCCACCCCAUGUUCAAUCCCGCCGUGAAGCUGCCCGGCCUGCAGCUCGCCGCGGGCGACCGGGAGGCCGUCGUCAAGGGGACGGCGUCCAAGGAGACCGUCGCCAAGGUGACGGUCGCCAAGGAGGCCCUCGCCAGGGAGGCGGCCGCCAGGGAGUUGAUGGCCAAGGAGGCCCUCGCCAGGGAGAGGGCCGCCAGGGAGUUGAUGGCCAAGGAGGCCGUGGCCAGGGAGAGGGCCGCCAAGCAGGCGGCCGCCAGGCAGACGGUCGCCAAGGAGACCGUCGCCAGGGAGAUGGUCGCCAAGGAGACCGUCGCCAGGGAGAUGGUGGCCAAGGUGAAAGCCGCCAGGCAGACGGUCGCCAAGGAGACGGCGGAGGUGUCGCCUGACGAAGCCCUGGCCGGCCUCAAGCUGCUGGAGGGAGGCGCGGAGAAGACGGAGGCAAAGAAAGAGCCGCCGAGAGGCGCGGGACGGGCGCCGCUGGACGUGCGCAGCUUCGAGUACAGCGCCCGCAACUGGACGGGGAAGUCUCCCAAGCAGUUCCUCAUCGACUGGUGCCGCAAGCGCCUUCCGCGCAGCCCGCCGCCCGGCUUCCACAAGGUGCCGGCCGGCCGCUACUGGAGAAGCCGGGUGACGGUGGACAGGCUCAAGGAGGGCGGCGUGCUCGAGGUUUGCCCCGUCGUCGUGUGCGAGGACUCCAUGCAGGCUCAGCACCUGGGAGCGACGCUCGCGCUUUGGCACCUGUGCAAGGGACAGUCGAUCCACCAGCUGCUGCCGCCGCCCUACCGCGACGUGUGGCUGGAGUGGCGUGACGCGGAGCAGGCUGCGCAGCAGGCGGCGCUCGCCGAGAACAACCGGCCCCGCGACGAGUUCCUCGACCGCCUGCUGGCGCAGCUCAAGGAGCAGCAGCAGCCGCAGCAGCAGCAGCAGCAGCAGCAGCCUGCGCUGCAGGAGCAGCAGCAGGAACAGCAGCAGUGGAGCGAGCAACAGGAGCGAAGGGUUCGCAAAGGUCACAGCGGCAAGGGGCGGAAGAAGCGCGCUCCCGCGCAGGACAGCGACGGUGGGCUCAAGGAGUCGUGGGACGACUCGGAGGGCAGCGGCUCCGGCUCCGGCUCCGACGACGUGGAUGACGAGGAGGAGGAGGAGGAGGAUGAGGAAGCGAAAAACGGCGGCGGCAACGACGUUACGUGCGACGGGCGCGGUGAUGGCGGCGGCGGCGGCGGCGGCGGUGCGGAGGACGCGGCAGGGCGGGGCUCCCUGGCCGCGUGCCGCCACCUCUUCCGGCGCCUCCGCUCCUCGCCGGCGGCCGAGAGGCUCCGCGCCGAGCGCCGGGCCCUGCCCGUGUCGCAGCACCGCGAGCAGCUGGUGGGCGCCAUGGCGACGCACCGAGUGGUCAUCGUCGCCGGGGAGACGGGCAGCGGGAAGAGCACCCAGGUGCCGCAGUUCCUGCUCGAGGAGUUCCUGGCCGGAGAGUCCCCGGCCUGUGAGGAGGGUGGUGCUGCCCCCUUCAUGGUGGUGUGCACGCAGCCGCGACGCAUCUCGGCCGUCAGCCUCGCCAGGCGCGUCAACCAGGAGCUGGGAGCGCACGGAGAGCCGGGCAGCGAGUCGUCACUCUGCGGCUACCACAUCCGCCUGGAGCGCCGCUCCGGGCCCUGCUGCCGCCUGCUCUACGCCACGGCCGGCGUGCUCCUGCGCCGGCUGCAGGUGGAGCCGUCGCUCUCGUCGCUCUCCCACCUCGUCGUGGACGAGGUGCACGAGCGCGGCGCCCACAACGACCUCCUCCUCGCCGCGAUGCGCCGGCUGCUGGCGCAAGCGGCGUCUCCGGCGUCUCCGGCGCCUUCGGGGCGGCAGCAGCGGCGGCGUGAGCCGCCGCGUCUCAUCCUCAUGAGCGCCACGGCCGACUGCCGGCGCCUGUCGCGGUAUUUCGGCGGGUGUCCCAUCGUCACGGUGCCCGGGCGCACCUUCCCCGUGCAGGUGAGCUACAUGGAGGACGUGGUGGAGUUGAGCGGCUACGCCCUGGACUCGGACUCCCCGUACGCUGUGCGUGACCGCGACCAGCAGCAGCAGCAGUCCACCGCCGUCACCGUCACGGGAAGGGCCGGACAAUCGCGUCGCGUGCAGCUGUCGUGGGAGAAGGAGGGGCCGCCCGGCACGGACCCCAGCGGCCUCGACCCGGCGCGCUACAGCGCCCGCACGCGCCACGCCGUCGCCACCGCCCGCCCCGAGCGCGUCAACCUGGAGCUCGUGGUGGUGCUGCUCUCCCACCUGGACACCAGCGCCGAGCUGCGUGCGGUGGACGGCGCCGUGCUCGUCUUCCUGCCGGGCUUCGCCGACAUCCAGGAUCUCCACGACGCGCUGAGCCAGCACCGGGACUUCCGCGACUCCCGCCGGUACAAGGUGGUGCCGCUCCACUCGGUGCUGUCGUCGCGCGACCAGAGCGCCGCUUUCUCCAUCCCUCCGCCGGGUGUGCGCAAGAUCGUGCUGGCGACCAACAUCGCCGAGACGGGCAUCACCAUCCCCGACGUGGUGUUCGUCAUCGACGCGGGACGCAGCAAGGAGAACAGGUACAGCGAGAGCGGGCAGAUGAGCUCCCUGGUGGAGACGUUCAUCAGCAAGGCGAGCGCUGAGCAGCGGCGCGGGAGGGCGGGACGCGUACAGCCGGGAUUCUGCUUCCGUCUCUACACUCGCAGCAGGUACGAGGGAUUCCCGCAGUACGCCGUGCCGGAGAUCCAGCGGAUGCCCUUGGAGGAGCUGUGCCUCAGCAUCAUGAAGUGUGGGCUGGGUCCUCCGGAGCAGUUCCUGUCGGAGGCCCUGGACCCUCCGCCGGUGCCGUCGGUGCAGCGCGCCAUGACGGUGCUGCGCCGCCUCGGCGCCUGCUCCGCCGCCGACUGGGUCCUGACGCCGCUGGGACACCACCUGGCGGCCCUGCCCGUGUCCCCGCGCGUCGCCAAGAUGCUCAUCUUCGCCGCCUACCUCGGAUGCCUCCCCGCGGCGGCUGUCAUCGCCGCCACGGUGGGGGAGAAGUCCCCGUGGGUGUCGCCAAUCGGGAAGCGGUCCGAGGCCGACCUCGCCAAGCUCAGCCUCUCAUUGGCCAGCUCCGACCACCUGACGUUUUAUCGAGCCUAUCAGAGGUGGCAGGCUGCCCGGAGGGAGGGAGUGGCGGCCGAGACGGCGUUCUGUCAGCGCAACUUCUUGAGCCACAAUGCCAUGACCAACAUCUCGGACGUGCAGAGAGAGCUCGUCCGCCAGGUCGAGGCCUUGGGCUUCAGGGGCGACCGCUCGGCCAUGAAACCCGACCUCGGCCCCGGUGACAUCGCCCUGCUAAAGGCGGUGCUCACGGCCGGCCUCUACGACAACGUGGGCCGCAUUCGCGUGGUGCCCGUGGUGCCCGUGGACCCCAUGGAGGCGUCCGCCGAGAAGCCCCCGUGCCUGAUCGACACGCCGCAGGGCCCGGCGCACGUGCACCCGUCGUCGGUCGCCCGCGGGCUCCGGGGACCCGGCUGGCUGCUCUACCAGGAGAAGGUGAAGUACGCCCGCGUGAGCGUGCGUGACUGCACCCCCGUGGGGGCCGUGCCCCUCGUGCUGUUUGGCGGAGAGAUCGGCGUGCGGCACCGCGAGCGGCUCGUCAGCGUCGACGGCUGGAUCCACUUCCAGGCGCCAGCACGCGUGGGAGUGAUCUUCAAGGAGCUGCGCGCCGCCAUUGACUCCGUUCUUGAGCGCAAGAUGGCGAAUCCCAAACUCCCGCAGCAAGACGAGCCCGCCAUCAAGCUGUUGCUGGAGCUCAUCCGGUCCGAGGCUGGCUCCGUGUGAAGUUCGCCAACGGGUCAACCGGAUCAUCCGGAUCAUCCGGAUCAUCCGGAUCAUCCGGAUCAUCCGGAUCAUCCGGAUCAUCCGGAUCAUCCGGAUCAUCCGGAUAUCAUCGGCAUCUGGAUCAUCCAGAUGGUCAGGAUCAAUCAUCGGCCUCCAGACCGUCUGGAUCAUCCAGAUGGUCUGGGGGGGCUGGCUAUCUGCAUCGUGGAUCGCGAUGGCGACGACGACGAUUAGUGAAGGAGAGUUGGGCCCGGCAAUUGAUUUGCUCGCGUCGCUGGCUGGCUGGCUGGCAGAUGGGGGGGGGGGGGGGGACUCCCACUCGAGCGGUGGCUCUAAACCUCUUGAGGCUCCCGUGUCACCCACCCCACACCCCCACCCCCCAGUGACCUGACCCCGCACGUGACCUGACCCCCGCCCCCCAGUGACCUGACCCCCGCACGUGUCCUGACCCCCGCACGUGUCCUGACCCCCGCACGUGUCCUGACCCCCACAUGUGACCUGACCCCCGCACGUGACCUGACGCCCGCACGUGACCUGACCCCCGCACGUGACCUGACCCCCGCACGUGGCAUGACCCCCGCACGUGUCCUGACCCCCGCCCCCCCAGUGACCUGACCCCCGCACGUGUCCUGACCCCCGCCCCCCAGUGACCUGACCCCCGCACGUGGCAUGACCCCCGCACGUGACCUGACCCCCGCACGUGACCUGACCCCCGCACGUGACCUGACCCCUGCACGUGACCUGACCCCCGCACGUGUCCUGACCCCCGCACGUGACCUAACCCCCGCACGUGACCUAACCCCCGCACGUGACCUGACCCCCGCACGUGACCUCCGGGGAGUUGAACGGUUCGAGCCGAACUAAGGAUCAGCGUGGCGGGGUCACUCGCUGGGGCGCGAUGGCCGAUUCGGGGUUUGCCGCAUAAGCAAUGGCUCGUGACGUUUUUUUUUAAAUAAACGAAUGUCACGGGAA